AUGCAAGUUUCACUUCUAAAACUAAACGUUUUUCCAACCAUUCACGAUGAUUGUUUAUACGCAUGGGAUUGCGAAACCUACAACGAAAAUAAAGCCAUACCUUAUUCCUGCACUUUAGUUAAUUUAGAAAAACUAAGGAAAAUGUUAAACAGAAUAAAUAAUCUCUUUCCAGAUUUAAAGCCGACAGAUCCCAUUCCAGAAGAAUUUUACAACAAACUCAUGACUAAUAUAGUACAUAUAUUUGUAGGUACAGAUUGCAUCGAUCAAAUGUUACAACGUUUAGGAAAAAUAGAUCAGAAAAGAAUAACAUUAAUUGCUCAUAACGCUAGCGGUUUUGAUAACUGGAUCAUGAUCAAAAACGUAAAAAAACUAACACAAUGUCCUUUAAAAACAGCUAGAGGAAUUCUGUCUAUACCUUUAACUAAUUCAUUCACUGAUGAAUAUUUACAGAAAAAAUGGAAAAGACAGAAAGAAAUAAAGGGUAACUGUAAUUAUUUGCAAAAUAUUAAUUUCACAUGUUCCUAUCAACACGAAUCAUCUAGUUUGGCAGCAUGGGGAAAUUCAUCUAAUCUACCAAUGAAUUUGAGAAAGAUCGAGGAUGUUAAUAUUGCAAAAUACACUAAAGAUAAUUGGGAAUCUUUAAGACCCGAAUGGGAACCUUACGCUAAAAGAGAUACUCUAUGUCUCGGAGCUUGUUUGAUAAAAUACAAUCAAGCCAUGAAAAAAACUGUCUUCCAAAACGUUUCCAAUAAUCUAACGGCUCCUUCUUUAUCUUUAAAGGAUUAG